AUGUCAGAAAAAGUCAGUUCAAAUGCAAAAUCAUCACUCAUACAAAAUCAGAACGGAUGCAGAAAAUCCAUCACAUUCUUGGACUUCGACGAUGUCGAAUCGCUAUUCGCCGAAGCUGAUUUGGCUGCUUUAACUGUUGGGAAACCUAAGAAGUGCGCAGGAGGAACGCAAACGUCUGGAGUAACACUGUCGUGCCAAUCCAUUGAAGAUUCUGAAUUCGAGAAUGAUGAUAGGAUAAAAAAUAUUUAUUGUCCCAACAGAUUCAAAGAAAGCACUUCAGAAGUACUUAUAAAAAAGAGUUCAUGUUGUAGAGUAUCCAGUAAAGAUUCGCAAGGAUAUGUAACUAAGGUAGACAGAACCAGGUCAUCUGUUACGCAAAGUCAAUCUGAAGCUAGUUUGGGUAGAAGUAAAAGCUACUGCUGCAAUAUAAUUUCAAGUAACAAAACUAGACAAAGCACAGGAGAAAUACAGGUGUGUACUAAGCAGUGCGAAAACUCUGGGAAGAAGAGGGAACCUAUUAUAAUUGAAAAAAGAGUGUGUUCGAAGGAUUGUGAUAAAUAUGCAAGGACUAUUAAGAAAAAUGAGUCAGAUAGUAGUGGAGCGCGAAGGAAUUGUAUAUAUUGUCCAAGCGCUUCGGUAUCGAAGGAGAAGAAAAUCAAGGAGGAGGAUGUCAUACAAAAAAAGAAAAUUUAUGCUACGAAAUCUCCUUUCAGAAGAAAGAAAUCGAAAGGUACAAUUGUUGAGAGCAAGAGUAAAAGUAGUUGCUGUUCAAGGAGUUCAGUGAAAAAAACACAAAAUGAUACUAGUCACAUCGAUAAGCAGGUUCAAUACAGCAAUUCUACAGAAACCACUGUAAAAGUUGUAAAGAAAAAAAGCUGUUGCUCAGGUAGUAAAACUAGCAAAAAAAUAGUUCAUGUUGAUAAGCAAGUUCAGUAUGAUCCAGACGAUUAUGAAAGAACACUCGUCGAUGAGCAGAUUCAAUACAUUAAGCCGGAAACAUCCAAAGUCACUGUUGUGAAAAACAGAAGCUGUUGUUCAAGAAGUAAAGAAACUACUAUAAUAAAAAAUGAGCGACAAAGCAUUAUAUCCAAAGAUUCGGAAGAGACUUUUAUUGCGAAACGAAGCUAUUGUUCAUCUGGUUGUAAAGAAAAGAAGAAACGUAAAAUGACCAUUGAAAGAAAGAAAUCGGAAAAGAGCAGUUGUUGCUCUUUUCAAUCGAGGAAGAAAGAACCGUGCACGAACAUUACAUGUCCUAGGAAUCUACUAGAAACAACUGAUUUCGAUCAAAAAGUCUACGAGAAACAAAAUCCUUCGGAAUCUUUUGGAAAGAUUUCACACUCAAAUUUAACAAUUCCUGAUACAGUAGUUCCGUCAACAUCUGUAAACCCUUCAACAAAGUCUUUGGAAAGUUUAGACUCGAAUUUAUCUAUAGACGCAAAAAGCAGAACUUGCUCCAACAUGGAUGUAUCUCGCAUAACCGAUGAUUCUAAUUCCAGCUUGGAAAGCAGAGGUUCCGACGAAACAAUAUUAGAAAAUAAGAGCAGUUCAAUGAAAACACCUCGACAAUCGAAACAAUCGGCUAGUCGGCUUUCAGUUAGAAAAUCAUCUCUGAAUAGCGAAUCCAAUGUAUCCGGUAUAAGAAUUUCUGUGCGAGAAUCCUCAGAGGACGAUGCUUAUAAUGAUUUUGUGCCUCCACAUCACUCUUCGCAUAAAUCGUCUUUAAAAAUUGAUUCGAAUAUAUCCGGACCGAAAUAUUCCAAAUCGACUGUAGAUGAUGAUGAAGGAUCAUUGGGCGAUGGAAGAUCGGAGAGUGAUGGAAGUUACAUGCAACCAUCAUCGAAAAUAUCAAAUGAAAAUAUCAAAGAUGAAUCCAAUAUAUCUGGACUGAGAUAUUCUCUGCCCAAGUCGAUUGAAGAUGAUGAUGGAUCUAUGAGUUUAAUAUCAGGGAAUGAAAGAAGUUUUAUACCUACACCUUCCACUAUAUCUAACAAGAAGUUAUCGCUUAGGAAAUCUUCAUUUAAAGAUGACUCGAAUAUAUCUGGACUGAGGUAUUCUUUGCCCAAAUCGAUUGAAGAUGAUGAUGGAUCUAUGAGUUUAAUAUCUGGGAAUGAAAGAAGUUUUAUACCUACACCUUCCACUAUAUCUAACAAGAAAUUAUCGCUUAGGAAAUCUUCAUUUAAAGAUGACUCGAAUAUAUCUGGAUUGAGGUAUUCUCUGCCCAAAUCAAUUGGAGAUGAUGCAGAUGAACCAUUGGGUUUACAAUCAGAGAAUGAAAGAAGUUCCAUUCGAUCAAGCGGAAUUAAAAAGUUAUCGCUUCGUAAGUCUUCGUUGAAAGACGACUCGAAUAUAUCUGGUUUAAGGUAUUCGCUGCGAAAAUCAUCGGUUCGUGAUGAUGCUGAUGAAAGUUCUUUGGGGCAGAUUUUGGAGGAGCAAACGCCACGUUCGGUGUCGAGUAAAAGGCUAUCAGUUAGAAAGUCUUCGAUAAAGGGUGACUUUUUGGAUGAAUCCAGUCAACGAUUGUCUGUUGAAAAGCCGUCGACGGAUUUGGAUUUAAAGGAUAAAAUUUCUGAUAUCAGUUUAGAGGGUGAACGGUUCUCAGUUGCAAAACCCUCGAUGGAUGAGAGGUUUUCCGAUACAGUUCCUGGGUACUCGGUGGAGGAAUUUGCUGAUUACACUCCGAUGGAUGUAUCUGAUUCUCGUGCGACUGGUAUAUCUGGAAUUCGAGUAUCGGUGAAGUCGAAUGUGGUUAAAGGCGAUGACGUGGAGUUUACCGAAGAGCCAAAUCCGCAGAGCCUGACGUGUCCUUGCAAAUGCUGCCAGAACUCCAAAUACAGCAAUUACAGAUCCUUGAUAUUUCCUUACUUGGCAGUCGAGUUGAAACCAAUAAGUGUCAAAGCACUUGUAGCUUCCUAUAAGACGAGAUUCAAGAGAAACGCGCAAACGGUCCACACGAAGAUCCGAGGAAAGAUCAGAGACAGCGUGAGCAAGGUUAAAGACAAGUUGUAA